UCAAGCCUAAGACUUAAGACCACAACAAGAACUAAGAAGGGAAGCAUAUUAAUUUACGCAUCUCCAAAAAUUCCCAUCUGUUAUUCUCCCUCAAAUCAAAUCAAUUCCAUUCCUUUCUCUCUUCCUCUUCACGCCUCCUCUCUCUACAAAAACCCCAUUUCGUUUCAUGUAAUGUAAUGCUAGUUACACUCACCAUUACCAACCACCCGCGAUAACAAUGUACGGUCAAGAUCGGUCUUUGAGCUUCGAUUCUUUGAUCAAAGGCCAGUCCUUUUCUGAUCAAGCUGUUCCUUUUGUUUAUGGGGGAUUGUUUCUUGAUGAUCAUACGGUUUCUCCUUCGUUUGUUUCGUUAAUCUUGAAGAGUGGUGGCGGGGGUGGUGCCGGUAGUAGUUCGGGUUUUGGGUUGGGAAAAACGGUGCGUUUAGUGAAGAGGCGGCGAGGGGGAGGUGGGUUUUUAUCAGUGAGUUUAUCGGUGAAGGGGAGUGACGGUGGGUAUGUCGGGGAAUCGAGUGAGAGUUGGGGGCCAAAUGAGGAUGGACAAAGUAAAGGUGCGGAUAUGGAGGUGGAGGAGGAAACGGUGACACUUAAGGUGGAGGAGAACGAGAAGGACUUAGGUGCUUUUAAUACUACCAAGCAUUUGUUGGCUGGUGCUGUUUCUGCUGCUGUCUCGAGAACUUUUGUUGCCCCUCUUGAAAGACUAAAGUUAGAAUACAUAGUCCGCGGUGAACAGAAGAACCUUUUUGACCUUAUAAAGACAAUUGCCGCUACUCAAGGGUUGAAAGGUUUUUGGAAAGGAAAUUUUGUUAAUAUUCUUCGUACUGCUCCAUUUAAGGCUAUCAACUUUUAUGCUUAUGAUACAUACAGAAGUCAUCUGCUGAAAUUGACUGGGAAUGAGGAAACCACAAAUUUUGAGCGGUUUGUUGCUGGUGCUGCAUCUGGAAUCACUGCUACCUUGCUCUGCUUACCAUUGGACACUAUAAGGACAGUUAUGGUAGCACCUGGUGGAGAAGCAUUGGGUGGUCUAAUUGGUGCUUUCCGCCACAUGAUCCAAACUGAAGGAUUCUUUUCUCUUUAUAAGGGUUUGGUACCCUCAAUUGCAAGCAUGGCACCUUCAGGUGCUGUAUUCUAUGGUGUCUAUGAUAUACUGAAGUCAGCUUAUCUCCAUUCACCGGAAGGGAGGAAAAGAAUUCAGUAUAUGAAACAGGGAGGUCAGGAACUGAAUGCCUUGGAACAACUGGAGUUGGGUCCAAUCAGAACAUUGCUUUAUGGGGCAAUCGCUGGUGCUUGUGCUGAAGCUGCUACAUACCCCUUUGAAGUCGUGAGAAGACAACUUCAGAUGCAAGUCCACGCAACAAAGUUAAGUGCAUUGGCUACCUGUGUCAAGAUAGUUGAGCAAGGAGGUGUUCCUGCUCUCUAUGCAGGAUUAAUUCCUAGCUUAUUGCAGGUUCUACCAUCAGCUGCCAUAAGUUAUUUUGUAUACGAGUUCAUGAAGAUUGUGCUCAAAGUUGAAUCUGCAUAGACAUUCAAUCCAACCAAUUAAAACGUCUAGGAGCCGGAGUGGGAUGAGGCUGAGAAUGUUGCAUAUUUUGCCAAAGAAAAAAUUUAAAUUGUUUUGGCUGUGAUUCUGAGAGUGGAGUUUGUUUUUGUUGUACCAUUUUCUAACACCAGCGAUGGCUAAUGUCCCCUUGCAUCAUCUUUUAGUUUUAGGCUUUAGCCUCUCCUGGCUCUCUUCUAACGUAAAGAGAAUUAAGUUCAGCUAAAUGCUAAUGUUAGUAGACAUCUAUGCUUUAUGUAUGCCUUUCUUUGUCUUUUUCUCUUUCUUAUAUUAUGUGAUAAGUGAUGCAUAAAUUAAGCCUCAAUGGGAUUACAAAGUUGGUGAAUAAAUUGAGA